AUAAUUUUUCCAUAUUUACAAAGAGUAUUAAGUUAAUAGCCUUGAGGUUUAAGAAUAUUAAGUUAAUAGCCUUGAGGUCGAAGAGUAUUAAGUUAAUGAAAUCGCGGAGUAUUAAGUUAAUGAAAUCGCCGAGUAUUAAGUUUAUCAUAUACUCUUCUUAUUAUUACUAAUUUUUUAUUGAUUAUUAUGCUGCCACGUGAGCAUAUCUUAAUUAAUUGACAUCUAAGUAAAAAAAAAUUAAUUAAUACAAAGUUAAGAUUACAACUUCUUAAAUGAUUCUGUAUUAAUAUAUAAGAGAUAUUAUUUAUAUAUAUAAUGGUCUAGAAAUUAUAAAAGCUGACGCGUGGAUACUGCAUCUUGGGUAAAUUACAAAUGUUGUUGAAAAUAAGAUUUUAAGACUUUAAUUGCAAUAUUAAAAAAAUACAGAUUUUUUUCUAUUUGUUUGGUUAACAUAAAAUACAUUUCCUAAACAUUUAAUGACCUUUAAGGAUAAAAAUCUUAUAAAUAGAGAUCAUACUAUCAUUUCACCAUAUUAAAUAUCCUAAAUCCUAAUUGCUAACGUUCAUCAAUAAUCUCCACAAAGAACUAAAGAUGUCGGCGUCCAGACAUAUUGUGUUGAAAAGCUCCGAUGGUGAGACCUUUGAGGUUGAAGAAGCAGUGGCUCUCCAGUCCCAAACCAUAGCUCACAUGGUUGAAGAUGACUGCAUCGAUGGCGGAAUCCCUCUCGCCAAUAUCACCGGCGUGAUCCUCGCCAAAGUAAUCGAGUACUGCAAGAAACACGUCACUGUUGUCCCUGAUGGUGAUGGUAAUUCGUCUUCAUCUUUGGAAGAGGAGCUGAAAAAUUGGGACGCUGAGUUUUUGAGUAAUAUCGAUCAGUCGACACUCUUUCACCUGAUUAUGGCUGCUAAUUUUUUAAACAUCAAAGAUCUUCUUGAUCUCACUUGCCAAGCAGUCGCUGAUAUGAUUAAAGGUAAAUCUCCAGAAGAGAUUCGAGCUCAACUCAACAUCGAGAAUGACUUUACACCCGAAGAAGAAGCGCAGAUUCGCGCUGAAAACCAAUGGGCUUUUGAGUGAUCACUUUGUAUGACUUUGUUCAUGAUUUUAUGUUUGUCCUAGCGCAGUCAUGCUUCUUUGCUAUUUAAUAAAUUGCGAGAAAAUAAUGUUUUAAUCUUCAUGUCUAUUAACUUAAAAGUUCUACAUUUUUUUUUGUCACAAAUUUAAAAUUUUUUACAUAUC